UUUAUUCGCACGUGACAACAGCGUAGCUGUGUUUCAGACAGCGUUACCAAAGUUAUUAGCAGCAAAACAGAAUACAGAACACUGUCACAACCCAAAAAGAUGAUGACAUGAAAACGAAGGUUGCACCGUUGAUCCUGAUUGGAGCUUAUCCACCUCAUCGAUGUUCUGUGUGGUAACUGGCGAAAUACACUUAGAGCGCGCGCUACCUUCGUUCACUGAUUUGCCAGCAUCAGAGGAAAUAACACAGCUGCAUAACGUUAACGUUAGAGGGAUGCCGUUCAUCAGCUGAGAUUUACAGAGUCCAGUUAGAGGUCAUCAUCACGGGCUUGGAGUCCCUCCCAGCACCAGCACCAGCACCAGCACCAGCGCCCCGCCUGCAGAGAGCCAUGGGGAGCGAGUCGGACACGGGCCCGUUGCGCCUGAAGCAGGAGAUCUCCCUCCUGCACGGCGUCUGCCUCAUCGUGGGCAACAUGAUCGGCUCGGGCAUCUUCGUGGCGCCUAAGGGCGUCCUGGAGCACACGGGGUCCUUCGGCCUGUCCCUGGUGGUGUGGACCAUCGGCGGCGUCUUCUCCGUCUUCGGCGCGCUCUGCUACGCCGAGCUGGGCACCACCAUCCGCAAGUCGGGCGCCAGCUACGCCUACAUCCUGGAGUCCUUCGGCGGCUUCCUGGCGUUCAUCCGCCUGUGGACCUCGCUGCUGAUCGUGGAGCCCGCCUGCCAGGCGGUCAUCGCCAUCACCUUCUCCACCUACCUGGUGCAGCCCUUCUACCCCACCUGCGCGGCCCCCUACGUCGCCGUGCGCCUCAUAGCGGCCGUCAUCAUCGGCCUCCUGACCAGUGUGAACUGCAUGAAGGUGAAGUGGGGUGCCAUCCUGCAGGUCGCUUCCACCAUAGCCAAGGUCCUGGCGCUCAUCGUCAUCAUCGUGGCCGGCCUGGUGCUGCUGAUACAAGGAAAGACGGGGAACUUCGAGGACUCCUUCAACACAGGCUCCAGUUAUUCUUUGGAAUACGAUAUUUGCGUUUUACUUUACUGGCCCGUGCGGCUGCCCCCCGGUUCCUGCUUGUGUUGGGCGCCGACGGGUUCGCUCACGCGGCGCCUCUCUCGCCCCCCCCCCGACAGGAACCUCCCGCUGUCCAUAGCCAUAUCCAUGCCCAUCGUCACGGUGAUAUACGUCCUGACCAACGUGGCCUACUACACGGUGCUGGACGCCGACGCGGUGCUGAACAGCGAGGCCGUGGCUGUGACCUUCGCCGACAGCGUGCUGGGAUACGGCCGCUGGCUCAUCCCCCUGUCGGUGGCCAUUUCCUGCUACGGAGGCCUCAACUCGUCCAUCAUCGCCGCGUCCAGAUUGUUCUUCGUGGGCUCCCGGGAAGGGCACCUACCCAACCUCCUCUGCAUGAUCCACGUCAAGCGCUACACCCCCAUCCCGGCCCUUAUCUUCAAUGGAGGCAUGUCUCUGAUAUUCCUGUGCGUGAAGGACGUGUUCCAGCUCAUCAACUACUUCAGCUUCAACUACUGGCUGUUCAUUGGCCUGUCCAUAGCCAGCCAGAUCUACCUGCGCAUCAAACGGCCCGAAAUGCACCGUCCGGUCAAGCUGAGUCUGUUUUUCCCGAUAGUGUACUGCCUGUGCAGCGUGUUCCUGGUGGUGGUUCCGCUCUUCAGCGACACCAUAAACUCCCUGGUGGGGAUCGGCGUGGCGCUCUCCGGGGCCCCCGUCUAUUUCCUCUGCGUGUACAUGUCCCCCAGCUCCCGCCCCGCCUUCUUAGGGGAGAUGCUCGACUUCAUCUCCCUCAGCACCCAGAAGCUGUGCCUUUGCUGUGUGGCCGACCCAGCGCUGGACCUGGACAACCUGCCGGAGGACAAGCAAGCGUGAGGGGAGGGGGCGGGGCCAGGGACGGGACCUGGGGCGCCCCCGCACGCGCGGCACGCUGAGCCGCACGCGCUUCGCUACGCUUUUAUUUAUUUGACUUGAUUUUAGACUGUUUUCCUACAGCAGGCCCUACGCUGCCUAGGCCUGCGGGGGGAGAAUAUCUGGAUUUAAACUAGUGCGGUUGGCAGGCUCCUCUCGGCCCUGCGGCAUUUUGGAACUCAUUCCUCUUCGGGGGCGGGGCCCAGCCGUUCCUGGCCCCUCCCACGACAGAAGAGCGGGACCGGCCUCAGUGUGCUCCUCCUCUGCGAUUCCUAAAGAGCGGCUCACACGGACUGCGGCUCAUUAUUUAACGUAGUUAUGAAAUUGGCGUCGAAGGCCGACCAGCUAUGUUUUAGUAUAAAAAAUACUAUAUAUUUUAGCGUUGUUUAGAGUUAGAAUUGGACAGUGUGUGUUCUUUCGUACACUGCUGUACGGGCAAAACCCAGCGGGGCCCUCGGGAGGCGCGCGGCUCCGGCGGGCCGUGGCUCCGGGCGCCGUCGCCGGGAGCGGCGCGUUGGAGCUGCGUCAGACCUGCCGAGGGCCCCUCCUCCCCGAGCCCCAGGUCCGUGUGUGCCUGUGACGCAGCACGGAGCUCCGCUCGCAGCGCAGUGACCAGAAACAUGGAGCAACUAAGAGCGGUCCAGCCCAACAAAAGAAGCGGUUUCAGCCCGGUGCCACACAGGAUCGACCCCGGGUCCUAUGCUCAGGUUCCCGUGCAGUUCAUUCAGUAGGAUAACAGCUGUUUGUGGUCCUUACUGCCGUCUUAAGCAGGUGUUUUUAUGGAUGUACACGGAUGGUGACUGUCAGUCUAGUGAACCCUGUGACAUCAUAGUGACCUCUCUUAAAGGGAACCUCAACUGGAAAAGAAUGGGUGUUUUUGCUAUCCAGGGGUGUGGAUUGGUUUAUUUGUUUUAAGUGAAGGCAUAUGGUAAUGCAGAUCGACUUGAAACCACACCCCUUCAACUCAAAAACAGUCAAUGCCCCCCCCUGAAAGGGGACUCUCAGGGAGCAGUGAGCCCCACAGUGCACUGCUCUGCUGUGUUUGUAAAAAAAAAAAAAAAAAGAACUUAGAUAUUUAAAAUGCAAACGACAAAAAAGUAAGGAAUUUUGAAAUGAAAACCUAUUGAGAGAUUUUCUUAAUUUAAGAAACAUUUUUCCCUCUCUGUUUCCAGUUGAAGUUCCCUUUAAGGAGCAACAAGACCAAAUGAAUGAAAGACAACUAGGGUUUCAGUUGGCUUUAAAUUAGUAGCUUGCUUUUCCUGUUUUGCAUGUCCCAUGUGACACUGCUUCAUGAAUGGGAAACGGACUAUUUGUCAUAUGGGGGUGUUUUGUUAAAAUAUGUUGUGGUUAAUGAGGUGACCAGGUCCAAAUGUUGAAGGAAAAUGUUUCCUUGUAUUGCGGUAGCCUUGCUGACCAAACCGAAUCACAUGCCUGACCGUUGCUAGUUACUCGCACACACGCACAGCUGGAAGGAACGUGACAGUCGGGCUGAUAUCUUGGACCAUCAAUCGCUCUUUAUUUAUUUAAUUU